AUGCUCACCAUAGGCACUAUCAUAUACGUCGCGCUGCUUUUGAUCAAUGCCAUGGCAGUGUUGAGUGAGGAACGCUUCCUUGCACGGAUUGGCUGGUCCUCCGUACAACCUCAUAGUACCAAUGUUGGAUACCAGCAACCAUUCGACCAGAACGGUUACGGUUACGGCCAGCAGGAUGUCGGCGUAAAAGUCCGCAUAAUAAACCUCAUCAGUGCCGUGCGGACCCUCAUGCGCAGUAAGCGUGUUUCGAACGAGAUUUACGAAACUUGGUGCUAA